AUGGACUUCAUGGUUACACUAAGGAGCCUGAAUUUCUUAGAGAUGUUGAUGGGACGGAACAUAGUUCUAAUUCAGCUGAACAAGUAUCUGGUAGCUCCAGCAGAUUCAUUUUUAGGAAGUUUUUGGAUUGAAGGGCACAUUGCUUCUUGGUUGAAUAACCUGUUUGCAAAGUUUGAUAUCGCAGAAGCUACGAAGGUGAAGACGAAGGUUAUGUCAACAGUAGCGACGAGAUGGCGGCAAUUUAAGUCCACAUUGACUAGCAAAUUUGUGUUUGCUAAGACUGAAGGUCAACAAACACAGGAUGUUGUGACAAAAUAUGGACUAGAUCCUGAAGCGUGGAAACAAUUUGAAGAAACCCGCUUGACACCUAACUGGGAGGACUCCUUAGAAGAGCAGGUAACGCAGGGUUCGUUUGUACCCCAUGGUCGGCAAGACAUACUGAACACUGCCAUUGGACGACCUGACCAUGGGGGUCGCGUUCGGGCAGCAGGCUCAGGUGUCACUAUUACUCAGUACUACGGAAGGGCAUCAAGGACAUGCAGCAGCUCGUCCACGUCCAUCAGCCAACAACAACUAGAUGAAGUUGUUGCAAGGCUUAGGGAAGACAUGACUGAGUUGUCAAAUAAAGGAUCCCAAGAGGCACUCCAAAUUCAGCCGGACAUACAACAACUAGGUGCGCGUGUCAGCACACAGGGAAGUAAUGCUGUUACCAAUGCGCAGGCUUCACAAGAACAUGAUGCUGAUGCCAUACCAUUGAUGGGACUGUUUGUGCAGCGUAACGAUGGUACACAAAGGUUGGUGGCCAUGGGGAAAAUAAUGGAGGGGGAUUCAAUCAUACACACAGUGGCAUAUGCAGAUGAUGUUGUCAGGGUAAGUGUAGAAACAGUUAUUGAUCCUGAGGCUGAGGUCCCCUAUGCCACCUCAGAAAUACAAUAUGUGAAGCAGGCCGUCAAUACAUUUGUAGCUUGGCCCACACACCUUGUGAAAGCUGUAUUAGAUGAGCAUCCACAACGUAUUCCACACAACGAGGAUGCACAUGUGCCGAAGCCGGCUAAUGUGAACGCAGAUGAUCCGUUGCGUGAAUUGAUGAAGUACAGUUUCGAUCUUUACGACAAGCCACUUCAAAUCAGCUUUGAUGGGAGAUUUCUUGGAAUUGUAGAUGCAUCUACAUCGAUAUUCAUCACAUAUUCAGAUGUUAUUGAAAUAAUAGCAGGAGACAAAAGUCUGAACAUAUCUGUCAUACAAUUAUGGUUAAUGUAUAUUCAUGAGUGGAGUCAGAUAUUCAGUCAAGGUUUCAUGUAUGCAUUCCUUGAGCCACAGUCGUUGGUUUGUUCAAAGGAUAGACGCAGCGAAUGCGAACAAUAUCUUGAAAGAUGGCUUAAGGAAUCUGACCGAGAGGUGUACAUUGGACCUUACUUCCAUCAGUAAGUG